CUUAAAACUUUUUCUGAUGACACUCGCAUACAUAAACUAGGCAACCAGAAAGUUUGAAUAUUUGAUCAAGGAAACCGAAAAAAUUUGAUUGUAAAAAUCCGAAGAAUGGAUGCCGAAAGAAGGGAAAAGGAACAUCGACUGGAUCCGCCGCUCUUCGUGACCUGUGACCUGGACCAGUUCCGAGAUCCAGACAAGAAACGAGCCGCCAACGAUGCCUGCGAAGAGCUGGACAAGCUGGAUGCCCAGGACGAGAUCAGUGUGUCGAGCAUCAUCUCGGCUCUUUUGCGACCCAUCGAGCCCUCGGAUGAUCAGUUCAAGGAGUGCGACUGGGGCAUCGAUCCCAAGCAAUUCCUGCCCACCAAACAGGCGGUGAUCUUCAAGGAGCAGCUGUUCAUCUCGAAGCUGCGGAAUACCAACUGCAAGUUGAACGAGAACCUAAAGAUCUUCUUCGAGCGCGAACUGGAGCAGAUUGGGCGGUUCUGCCUGAAUGUGGAGGAAUCCUUUGACGGCUAUGUGAUCUUCAGCAGCAGCAAAAUGAAGAAGGGCAAGGGGAUGGUGGAGUGUGGCCAUCAGUUGAAGGGCAAGUAUGACGACAAGUUCCUGCUGAUCUGCGAGAAGAGGUCAGAGUUCGAUCGGAUCGAUAAUACGCGGGUGGAGAAGACCCUGGAGCUAAGGAAUCAUGCCGAUUUGAUGCUCACCGCCAUUCGAGAAACCAAGAUCAACGAGGAGGUGCAGCGCUUUAAGGCUCGCAUUGACAUUAAGGAUCGUGACCAUGUGUUUGUCCUCGAUGGUGGCAUCAUGCUGCUGAUGCGGCACCUGAUCUGCAACAACUUCGUGGGUACCUUCGAGUACUACACCAUGAACCUGUAUGGUCGAGUCCUUCGCUGCAAUCUGGUGGUCUCCAAGGAACGCAAGGUAGUGCGCAUAUUCUAUCGCACUUACAAGAACGUUGUGCAGAUCUUCACCCAGCAGUGCUUUAACGACGAGCUGCAAGAUGUGGCCGAGACCUUCAUGACCCCCGAGGGUCGCAUUGUCCUGCAUUACUGGCGGGGCUACAACUACCUCCUACACGCCGCUUGCAUGCCGCCGAAGCGAAAGGAGCCCAUCCUGCCUAAGCUGGAACUGUGUUGGCGCCAAAACGACCAGCUGGCCCGCAAGUUCCGGGAACUCAAGGCCCUCAACUAUGAGAACGCCACCAAUUAUUUGAGCAGCAACUCGCAGCUGGCCGAUUUCAUGCAGGACUACGUCCUCAAUCUGCUGCGAUACAAGCCCAGCAAUGUCCUCGAGUUCUCCAUCAUGUUUUUCCAGAACAUGGCCAAGUGAAAUUCGGUCUCUUCUAAAUUUGUAGUUAUUAGUGGGCAAGUGUAUCGGGGUGUACAAAACUAAGGGCCUUUUUCGGAGGGCUAUAAUAUUAUAU